AGCCCUUUUAAGUAUGGAGUGAAGCCUGAGAGGUUUUUACACGCGAGAAUGGCAAGACCGACUGAAAUCGGAUUGUUUUUCACCUUACUGCUCUCAUGGAGUUCUGCGCGACGCCGGAAAAGAAAGUGUGUCAGGGAGCAAACAACAAACUGACUCUUCUGGGAACAGUGGAUGACCAUUAUCAGAUUCUGGUAAAAAUGUACAGCAACUGCACCGUCGUUCUGGAAAACCUGGAAAUCACAUAUAUGACAGCAAAACACGACUUGUCCUUUCUCAGGAACAUCCAAGAAGUCGGUGGCUAUGUCCUUAUUGGGAUCAACACGGCUCCUAGUAUUCCUCUUGAGAAUCUGCGCAUCAUCCGUGGCCACUCUCUUUAUGAAGAUAAAUACGCUUUAUCUGUCCUCCUGAACUACAACAGCAGCAUCAGACAAGGCGUGAACCAGUUGCCACUGACUAGCUUAACUGAAAUACUGAAGGGUGGAAUAAAAUUUGGCAGUAACGAUUUUUUAUGUAACGUGGAGACCAUCCAGUGGACUGACAUUCUGAACAUGAAGAGCCAGCCGGAAAUGAAAGAGCCGGAACGAAGCUCAGCACAAUACUGUAAAAAGUGUGACAAGAGCUGUUAUAAUGGUUCCUGUUGGGGCCCUGGUCCCCAAAACUGCCAAAAAAUGACUAAGGUGAUCUGCGCGGAGCAGUUCGGGAGGUGUAAGGGGCCCAAACCCAUUGACUGCUGUAAUGAACAUUGUGCUGCUGGCUGCACAGGACCCAAACCAACCGACUGCCUGGCCUGUAAGGACUUCCAGGAUGAGGGGACAUGUAAGGACGCAUGUCCACGGCUCAUGCGCUACGACCCCAACACCCACCAGCUUGCUCCCAACCCUAAUGGGAAAUACAGUUUUGGGGCAACGUGCAUUAAGAAUUGCCCACACAACUAUGUCGUGACAGACCAUGGGGCAUGUGUAAGAACAUGCAGCCCUGGCACCUACGAGGUGGAUGAGGGUGGAGUUCGGAAAUGCAAGAAGUGUGAUGGCCUUUGUCCAAAAGUUUGCAAUGGCCUGGGAAUGGGGCCUCUGGCCAAUGUCCUGUCAAUCAAUGCCAGCAACAUUGACUCCUUUGAGAACUGCACAAAAAUCAGCGGAGGUGUUGCAAUUCUCACCACAACAUUUAAUGGUGACCUGCAUACUAAAACUCCAGGGCUGGAUCCCAAGCUCAACAUAUUCAAAACUGUAAAAGAAAUCACUGGCUACCUGGUGAUUCAGCAGUGGCCGAAAGACAUGCCAUCCCUCGGCGCCUUUGAAAACCUUGAGGUCAUCCGUGGACGUAUAAAACAGCAAGGUGCAUUCAGCUUUGCUAUCACCCAAACUGAAAUUACACAUUUCGGCCUGCGUUCUCUGAGCGAGAUCAGUGACGGCGAUGUGGUCAUCUCUCAGAAUAAGCAUCUCUGCUAUACCAGCCUUGAAGAUUGGUAUCGCCUCUUCAAAUCUAAACAACAGAGUGCCAAAAUGUUAGGAAAUGCUAAUGCUACCAUCUGCGCGAAUCAGAACAGGACAUGUGAUGAGAUGUGCACAGAUGACGGCUGCUGGGGUCCUGGUCCCACUAUGUGCUUCACCUGUAAGCAUUACAGCCGUAAAAAAUACUGUGUGGCUUCCUGUAACCUGCUGGCUGGUGAGCCACGUGAAUAUGAGGUCAAUAAAACGUGUGUCGAGUGUGACCCUGAAUGUCUGCUCAUGAAUGAAACCAAGACCUGCACCGGUCCUGGACCCGACAAAUGUACAGAUUGUGCAAACUACAAAGAUGGGCCGCACUGUGUAACACGCUGCCCACAAGGCAUACCGGGAGAGAAAGACAUACUCAUUUGGAAAUAUGCUGACACGAUGCGAGUGUGCCAGCCCUGUCAUGAGAACUGUACCCAAGGAUGUACUGGGCCUGAUUUAAAAGACUGCAAAGAUUUCAAAGGUUCUGGUUUGCCCAUGAUUGCCGCUGGUGUGGUUGGAGGUCUGCUGGCGUUUGUUAUCCUGGGUCUAGGAGUUGCUGUUUUUCUGCGCAGAAGGCACAUCAAGAGGAAGAGAACCUUCACGAGACUCUGUUUGUCUCUACAGCUAGUGGAGCCUCUGACCCCCAGUGGCGAAGCCCCCAACCAGGCCUUGCUGCGCAUCCUCAAAGAGACAGAGUUCAAGAAGAUCAAAGUGCUUGGGUCCGGAGCUUUCGGCACUGUGUAUAAGGGCUUGUGGGUUCCAGAGGGAGAGAGUGUCAAAAUCCCUGUCGCCAUUAAGGUCUUACGAGAAGCCACGUCUCCUAAAGCGAACCAGGAGAUCUUGGAUGAGGCCUAUGUGAUGGCGAGCGUUGAGCAUCCUCACGUGUGUCGUCUGCUCGGCAUCUGCUUGACCUCCACCGUCCAACUUAUCACCCAGUUGAUGCCCUAUGGAUGUUUGCUGGACUACGUCAGAGAAAACAAGGAUAACAUUGGCUCUCAACACCUGCUCAACUGGUGUGUGCAGAUUGCUAAGGGCAUGAGCUACUUAGAAGAGCGCCAUCUUGUGCACAGGGAUUUGGCUGCUCGUAAUGUGUUGGUGAACCCUCAGCAUGUGAAGAUCACAGAUUUUGGCCUGGCCAAGCUGUUGAAUGCCGAUGAGAAGGAGUAUCACGCAGAUGGUGGCAAGGUGCCAAUAAAAUGGAUGGCACUGGAAUCCAUCCUACACAGGACAUACACCCACCAGAGUGACGUUUGGAGUUAUGGUGUGACGGUUUGGGAACUGAUGACAUUUGGAACAAAGCCCUAUGAUGGGAUUCCUGCAAGUGAAAUUGCUGAAGUUCUAGAGAAAGGAGAAAGACUUCCUCAGCCUCCUAUCUGCACCAUUGACGUGUACAUGAUAAUGGUCAAAUGUUGGAUGAUCGAUGCAGAGAGCAGGCCUCGCUUCAGGGAGCUCAUCGCUGAGUUUACUAAAAUGGCACGUGACCCGCCUCGCUAUCUCGUCAUUCAGGGUGAUGAUCGAAUGCAUUUACCCAGUCCUUCUGACUCCAAGUUCUACCGUAGUCUGAUGAGCGGAGAGCUGGACGAAGCUGUGGAUGCAGACGAGUAUUUAGUGCCCAAUCACAGCUUCUUCAGCAGCCCCAGCACCUCCCGCACACAGCUGCUGCACUCGAUGAGUUUCAACAGCAGCAUUGGGAACUGUCAUAGCAGAAACGGGAAUGGUUUCCCAGGAAGGGAGAACAGCAUUGUUCUGCGUUACAUCCCAGAUCCGACAGAACGCCUCCACGAGGGAGACUUCCAGCCCGCUCCAAGUUGGAACGAAUAUAUAAACCAGAAUGAAUCACUGAUGUCCAGCAUGACCAACCCGAUAUACCAACACCCCGGACCCCCCCGCACACUUCCACACUCUUCAUCAGCGCUGGACGAAACCGAGGAAGAAUACCUGAACUGCUUUAAGAGUCCCGCUGACGCCCCACCUGAGUAUCUGAACACAUCACACACACAGCUCCUCUCCAGACAGCCGUUCUUCAGCGUGCAGGCCUUCAACCCCCAGAACAGCAUGGACAACCCAGACUACCAGCAGGACUUCUGCCCCCUGGAGCGCAAAACACACACCAACGGCCACUUGCCGGCUGCGGAAAAUGCAGAAUACAUGGGGCUGGAAGUGCACUAGCACACUGUGCAGAAGAGCAACUCUUAAAACGAGCCACUUAACAGCAGAUAAAGAUGGAAGGACAUCUAUUUAUAGCAGAUAAGACAGUUUUGCCUGCCGUCAAGCUUUUCUUUACCUGGGCUACCUUUCAAAAUAUGCUCGUUUUGUUCGGAGCGAGACUUGGUCGGAAUCGAACAACUGUGGCUCUCUCCAAAUGACUACAGGACAUGCCAGUGGAAACGUGCUGGUGUGCCGAAAUGGCAUGUCAUGAUACAAGCUUGUCGUCACUUUUAGGUAAUACGUUUUAAGUCAACGUUGAUAAUGUUUGAAACGAACAGGCAAAUUACACCACUUUAUCGCGUCUGUAAUCACGAAAACUAAAGAUAUGGUUGCACCAAAGUAUUUGGACACUUAAGUCACUUUUAAAAAAUCUUUUGCGCUAGAUACGAAAUAUUGAAGCAAGUUAAAGCUUUAUUAGACGACUGUCAGAUUCAGUGAAACAUAUUUAAAGAAGAUUUCAGCUUUUUUACGCUGCAACAUUUAAAUUGAUCAAAAGCGACGGUUAAGCCUUUAACAUUGUUACGAAUAAUUUUAUUUUCAUAAAAUAGGCAAUAAAAAUAUUCUUUAUUAAAAUAAAAAUAUUUCUUAAUUACCAAAGUAGCAUAUUGGAAUGAUAUCUGAAGGAUCGUGAGGCACUGAAGACUGAAAAAAUGGCUACUAAUCACUUCCUGUCGUCACAGGAAUAAAUUAGAUUUAAAUACAUUAAAAUUAAUAUUUGAAAUUAUAACAAUAGUACUGUAUUUUUGAUCAAUUAAGUGCAGCCUUGGUGAGCAUAAGAGACAUACUUAAAAAAAUAGCACGGAUCCCAAACAUUUGUGUAUUCACUGCUUCGUAUUUCAAAAACCUAUACUGAUGUACAUUAAUGCCCUUUGCUUUAAUACUGUGUUGAAUAUACAAAUGCAAAGCCAUUUCUACAUCUUUAAUAGUGGCUCACGUGUCCAAAUACUUUUCUGAAACACUACGUAAGCUGAACUCAGAGGUUGUUUAAUUCCUCUCUGCUGUGAAUGAAAGUCAAAUUUGAUUUACCUGCUAUGUUUUUGCUGGAAAUGCUGGCUUUUCGAACAGGGCUGUGACGAUGAUCCAGCUCCGUCCGAAAGCCAACAUAAGACUGGUACUUGUACAGAACUGUAAUAUAUGGCUGACAUUUGCAUUAUUGUAUCUAACAGAGUAUUUUAUCCAUUGUCAUAAAAAAAAAAAAACAUAUGGGGUCACUCAUAUAUUCCAUUUCUAUUUGUUCAUCAUGUGUUUUCACCUUCCUGUAUCUUUCUUGACUUCUGUAACAGAAACUCGAUGAAUCUGAAACAUAUCUCACAGACAGAACAUAUCUUGAUCUCUAUGAUGGCUAUGUUGCACAAAACAAAGAAUAGUGGUUGGAUAUCUUAAAUUCACUAUCCUUCUCGCGUUGAUCAUUCCUUUGAAAAUAUGCAUUCGCUCUCGAAAUAUGGUGACAAUGUUCUUUCUUGUCUUUUGUUAUAUAAGUAAAAUCAAUAAAGACUUGUUUUGUAAGA